AUGGCAUCCUGCCGCGCGCACCUCACUGCUCACGACGAAGUGCGGAGGCGCGACAUGUCAUCGUUGCCCGGGGACGACGCGGGCAGCGUUCUGCCCAGUGCACGGACUCCCACCACGGCAGUCGACGGCGACAUCGUCUUCUCCGCCGUCGCCCUCCUCUUCCUCGGCCUCGCCCUCGCCUUCUUUCUUUACCACUACCUCACCUUCAGUCGCCGCGGCGUUCGGGGUAGGGCCGGGACGGUGAGGGGCGGUCCGCGCCUCGGCGUUGGCGCAGCUUCUGCUUCCGGCGUCGCAAAAGGCGUCGAUCCGGUGGUGCUGCGGGCGCUGCCGGUGACACUGUACCGUGCCAAGGACUUCGCGGAUGCGCUGGAGUGCGCCGUGUGCCUCGCCGAGCUGUCCGACGGCGAGGCGGCCAGGUUCCUGCCCAAGUGCGGGCACGGGUUCCACGCCGAGUGCGUCGACCUGUGGCUGCAUUCCCACCCCACCUGCCCGCUCUGCCGCGUCGACGUCGACAAGCCGGACGCCUUGCCGCUGGCUCUACCUCCUGUGCGCCCCGAACCGGCGAAUUACGCCACAAACCUGCCGACCAACGUGCUGUUCUGGGGAUCCCCGGACGCGGUCACGACUGGAAGAACAGUCGGCGGCCCGAGCUCGUCCGUUGGAGCAGCAGCGUUGAUUGUCAUCGAAGUCCCGGAGGCCACGGAAUCGGCGUUGGCGCCGCGUGAUGGUGAUGCCGGGAAGUCGCACGGUUUGGCGAGGAUGAGGUCGAUUAAGAGGCUGUGGAGCAGAGGGAUUCAAGAGGUGGGCGCUAGUAGCACUGCUACCUCUUGCCACCAAGCCACUGCUGGUGCUCAUACUGAGGACACUCUUGGUGUUGCCGCUCGCAAUUUCGACCCGUAGGGACCGAAGAUAUGUUGGUCUUUCCACAUGAAACAUCAAUUUAAUAUCGGGGACUUGAGUUUGACUCUCCCGACAAACAGUUUUUGGGUCCUACUUUGAUGGAGUAUGUGCGACACCUGAUGGUUUGUCUUUCAGGUUUACAAAUACUCCUAUUCCGAUGAUGUAAU